UCCCAGCCAAUAGCCUCUUGCACCGCCCUCCCUCGACAGGGUCAAGGAUUGCAGAGCACUGUGGGAUACAGAAGGUGCCAUGGCGGCGCUUUGCCGGGCACUCUCGAAUAUCUUGAGGCUGCCGGAAGGAGCGGCUUGGGGCCGGUCGGCGGCCUCGUCCUCGAGAUUACUCCUCAGUGACACACACCAGAGUGCAACAAAUGUACCAGUACUCCCUCCCUGUACGUUACUUCAUACCUCUUUGCCUCGAAAUGGAUUAGAAGAAUUUUUUGAUGAUCCUCAAAACUGGGGAAAGACAGAAGUCAAAUCUGGGGAUUCCUGGACUGUAGAACAGCUCCGAGGCAAGAGCAGUGAAGAUUUGCACAAACUCUGGUUUGUACUGUUAAAAGAACGAAACAUGCUUUUAACGUUGGAACAAGAAGCAAAGCGGCAGAGACUACCUAUGCCAAGCCCAGAACGCUUAGAUAAGGUAACUUAUUGCUUAGAUGACUGCUGCAGCUUCAAAACUUAA